UUACGUGGGUGAGAGACGGGUCAUUGGUGCAUUUGGAUACGAGAUGCUCGAAUGGCAAAAGCUCGAGCAGGACCUUGCCUAUGGCCAGCUCAACAAGGUUCGACAGCAAAUGGACGAUGGGACGGCUGGGCCAUCAUUCACCAGAUACGUUCUCGAAAAUCGGGACGUUCAUGAACUCGGGCCAGAUAAUAUGGCAUAUCUAGCGCUCGGUCUUUUCGGUGCAGGAAGCGAUACCACCGCAAUAGCACUGACGCACGCGAUAAUGCUCGCAGCUGCUUUUCCCGACGCACAAGCUCGCCUCCACGCGGAGAUAGACGCUGUAGUUGGAGGAGAAAGAGCACCGAUGUUUGAUGAUCAUGACAGCCUGAAUGAGCUGUGGGCUUGGACACAGGAGGUGUUGCGGUUCAGGCCUGUUGUCCCUGGUGAUAUCGUCUACAAAAACUACGUCAUCCCUACGGGUACAGUACUUCUAGGCACCCAUUGGGCCAUUUCACGGGACCCAGAUGCAUUCCCAACCCCAGACACUUUUGAUCCUCAGCGUUGGCUCGACGCUGACGGGCAGCCAAGGAAAGACAUGAGGUACUUUACGUAUGGUUUCGGAAGACGCGUCUGCCCAGGACAACACGUCGCGAAUAGGUCUAUCUACAUCAACCUCACGUUGAUCUUGUGGGCCUUCAAGGUUGUGCCUGUCCUAGGCAAGGAUUUCGACUUGAACUCUUGGGAGGAUGGGUUCACGUCGCGUUUACCUCCGUUUUCGGUAACGUUUGAGUACCGCCGCGAUGAAGACACGAUUAGAAGAGCGUUGGAUGCGUUCAAGGAUGAGAGUGCAUAAGAGUCCAUAGCAUACCGCAAUGAUUUGGCAG